AUGAAAGACAGCAUCUCAUUCAAGAAGUUCCUACAGUCAUAUCAGAAUGAAAGUGGGCAAGACGAACAAUCUCUGACUGUAGCAUUAGCUGAUUUUUCGGCUGUCAAGUGCGUAGUAUACGAUGAUGCCAAGUUUCCCAGAUUUGCUGUUGGGCAAACAGUAUCCCCCAGGAACGUUAUCAUCAGGGAUAAUACAGUAAUUGUUACCAAAACAUCGAAAGUAUUCCUGGUACCAGGAAUGGACGUCCAAGAGAGGGAGCGUGAGGGCGAUUAUUUGAUGCAUCCUCCUCCAGCGACGGAAUUGCCAUUGGAGCAGGCACUAGGGUCACCGGAGGACAGCGUCAGGGAAAUCACAGUCAGCAACUCGCCGGUGAAGUUAAAGGACCUCUUCCUAAAGGAUUUAACGAGGGAGAAAGUGAAGGUCACUUUGUGGAGACCUGCCCCCACUGAAGCCUAG